AUGGCGAACCGAUGGAGUAGAAAUGCACCCUAUGGCGGUGGUUACGUGGGCUCCGGGGGAGUGGGCGUCGGAUUUUAUAUGACAUCUACCUCGCCCGCCGACCGUAGGCCGUACAACGCAACACCGGUGAGUAAGCCAUUUUAUGGCGGUUACCGCGACGACUAUCGUCCGCGUUCCGAGCGUCGCGAUGAUUUUCGAGGCGGUAAACGUGGUCCGCCUAAAGGCAGGAGUCCUGUUGAGAAGCGCUAUCACGAUACACCUCCGAGUCAGCGCAGAGAUCAUAGGCCGUUUGGGAAGCGCCCACCUCCACUCGGAAAGUAUGAAGUGAAGCUUCCCAAGACUGUAUUCAACAUUGCCACCAAAAGUGUUGCAGAAUUGAGGCACGCUUAUCCACGAUUAAAUGUCGCAUCCGAUGUUUAUGAGUGCGAAUCCAGUUGGUGUCGUGCUUUUCCACUUCACAGUCCAUUUAAACUGGGAAGCGGGAGUGACUAUCAUGUGUUCCACCGAGAUGUUGACCCGCCAGUCCCAGCGGACACUUCGUUACUUAACCCUCCGGAUGCCGAUUACUCAUAUUCUGCGAGAGUGAUGCUCAUGGCUUGCCCUAACUUGGGAGAGCUGUAUAAAAAUACUCUGCGCGUAGCUGAUGACCCCGCAGGUACUGAUAAAGUGGCCCCAGGAAAGAAUAUGCAUUUCCUGGUCGGUGGACGUGCUAAAAGUGAGACUAUGGCUAUUGGUGGUCCGUGGUCACCUAGCCUGGAUGGCAGCAACCCCGGUGGGGAUCCGAAGACACUCAUCAACACGGCUAUAAGGACGUUCAAAGGGUUCACUGGAUUCGACUUGUCGUCCUGCACUGAAUGGUUGAUUCGCUUCAUGGAACUCAGAUAUUACCGAUAUCCGGACACAAAGGCCCCAGCUUUUCACGGCGAUGAUGAAGAACGCGUUGUUAAAACUGAGGGCCCCGAAGUGGUCGUUUUCUUCAUUCCCAAUGCUGCUCAUCUGAUUCCUUCCGAGGAUAAGUGGAGUGAGACGAGGGAGUAUUAUUCAAGCGUAUUACAAAAGUUACUCUCACCCGAAGAAAAGCCGAAACCCGAAACUGCGCCAGAAGUACCAGAGCCGGAUACGUCUGUCGUUGAGGCCAGUAUGGAAGAAACCGAGGAGUCGGGCACACGCUCGGACAUGGAGCCUACCCAUUAUUCGAAACUAGACAUUAAUUCACUCAAGGUUAAUGAGUUACGCAAUGAACUGGCGGCUCGUAAUCUGGAUACAAAGGGGCUAAAAGUGAACCUUGUUUCCAGACUGCAGACUGCUUUGGACGAGGAGCGGAAGGCUGAUACCGCUGAGGGUAAUAAAACCGAAGCAGAGGAGAAGAAAGCUGAACAAACACCAGCUAAGGCCACAUCCCCAACGGCGCAGCCGAAGGAGGAAUCCAAGGAACUGAGUGAAAAAGAUCGUCGGCGCUUGGAGCGAAUCUAUCGUCUGAACGAGAAACCAUCUAUCAUUAUUCAUCCCAACAAAGCCGCAAGAGGCGGCCGCUUUGACUGUCAUCGCGUCUCUCUGUUCUCACUGCUUGAUUACCGAACGGAAGAGCAAAAGGAACACAAUUUCGAAGUCUCCUUGUUCGCCGAACAAUUCCAUGAAAUGCUGCAGCGCGAUUGCGCCUUCCAGAUCUUCAAGGCGAUACACGACGCACCUGAGAAGGAGCUUAAAGCUGAACCAGACGGAAAGGUCGAGAACGGUGUGGAAGAAGAUGAAAAAGAACCUGAUCUGAAGCGCCGACGAGAGGAGAGCCAGGCACAUGAAGAACACGUUGAGGAGAGCAAGGUUCGUAAACUCCGACGAACAACGCGCCCCGAUCUUUUGUUUGCAUUUACCUACUUUGACCUGGGUCAUGCAGGCUAUAUCCGAGACCACGAUCUUUGUGAACUCCUGCAUCUUCUUGAUCUUCGUUAUUCAAAGUCUCAGAUGCGCAAGCUUGUGUCGAAAGUGAUCAGUCGACGAGAUCAUGUCGAGUAUCAUAACUUGACAGACAGUGAUAUCGUCGAAGGUGAUGAAAAAGAUGUCGUGACAUUACGAUCAGAUCAAAAUGAAGACACGGAAGUAACCAAAAUGCUUGCACUAGGCAAUCGGGCUUUGAUAAUUGUUGGCGGCGGAAAUGCGGCAGAUUUAGCUGCUCGUCUGGAUAAGGCAGAAGAGCUAAAACGACAGAUGCAAUUCCAGUUCUUCCAAAUAAAGGAUGAACUAGGCGAACAACGACAAGCACAUGACAACAAGGCGUUGCUUAGUGCCUACGGACACCUGCUCUAUCUGACGAAGGACAAACUAGAGACAGUCCUGAAUAACAUCAACAAACAGUUUGAGAAGGAGAAGGCAAAGCGCGAGGCGGAAAAGGCCGCUGCGGAAGCCGAGAAAAGCAAGAAGGAAGAAGAUGCAUCAAAGACUGAGAAUACUGAAGAGCAUAAUGAAAAAACCGAAGAUACAGAAAAAAGUGAAGAGAAAGAGUGGGAGGUCGUUGAUGCUGUUUAA